AUGCUCAGGAGGGCCAAGCAAACUGUCUACUGGCCAGGACUGGAGGGCGAUCUGCAAUAUCAUCGGUCCUUCUGUGACACCUGCAACACCCACGCACCUUCCCAGCCACCUGAGCCCUUGCUCCUGAUGCCACCCCCUGAAUACCCCUUUCAGCAAAUGGUGGUGGACAUGUUCCAGGUGGAGGGACACAUACACCUGGCCUACGCCGACAGGCUGACAGGGCGGCUUGGGAUCGCUCACUUCCCCAGUGGCACCUCCUCCUACAAGAUCAUGGCUCAGCUUAGAUGCUACUUCACCAGGUGGGGUACACCCGAGCAGAUAUUCAUGAACGGUGGCACUAACCUGGUCAGCGAGAUAAUGAUGGAAUUCUUUCGGAAGUGGAGGGUCGCUGUCCGUCUGUCUUCCCCGCAAUACCCCCAGUCCAAUGGCAGGGCAGAAGUCGCGGUUAAGACUGCAAAAAGGGUGCUCCGUAACAACACAGAGGAUAAUGGGAGCCUCGAUGACGACAAGGUAUCUCUCGCCCUUCUCCAGUAUCUCAACACUCCCCUGUGUGGUGUGGACAAGCCCCCGGAGCAGCUGGCAACAGGUCAACAGCUCCAUGAUGGUGUCCCCACGGCCAAACAGAAUUUCAAAAUCGACAGACAUUGGAGACAGACACUCCGCAGACGAGAACUCCAGAUGGUUCAAGACCACGAGGAGGUUCUUCGACAGCGUGGGGGUGUCAUCCGCCAUCGCUGCCCCUUGGUGCUUGGCAGCCGUGUCCAGGUCCAGAACCAGAUCACUAAAGCCUGGGACAGGUUAGGCACUGUCAUAGAGGCCCUCUAA